GUGCCUGGCACUCCAUGGUGAACCUCCCCAGGCUUUAUCUCACAGUCAGUGUGAAGCAGAAUGGCGAAUGUCGAGGUGGUGUUGCUGCUUGGGUUACUUGUUGGUGUGUCUGCCCUAAACAACAAACCGAUCAUAGGUGUUCUGUCACAGGAACUCGACACAGAAAUACAGAAUAGCUACGGAAACAACUACUAUACCGGAUACAUCGCGGCCUCAUACGUCAAAUUUCUGGAAAGCUCUGGGUCACGGGUCGUACCAGUAUGGACAAACCAGAGCACACAGUACUACGAGUAUGUCAUCAGCUCACUUAACGGAUUGCUGAUACCUGGUGGAGCAGCUCCGUUCACAGCCACUGACGGAUACGCCAGUGCUGGUUGGCAGCUGUAUAAACUGGCUGCCAAGAAAAAUGAUGCCGGAGUCUACUUCCCCGUGUGGGGGACCUGUCUGGGGUUUGAACUCUUGGCUGUUCUCUCGGCAAACCGGACAGAUGUCAGGAAUCUGUGCGAGGUUAUCGAUAUUGCACUUCCACUUACUUUCAAGCCAGAUUACCGGAGUAGCAAACUUUACAAAGAAGACGCAGAUGGCGUUCUGGAAAUACUGGAGAAGCAAAACGUGACGUUCAAUUCUCACCACAGGUGCAUCACAGAGGAGAAAUUGAAAGAAUCUGGUGUGGCAGAUCAGUGGCACGUUCUAUCAGUCAACAGACACAACGGAAGCGAAUUCAUAUCCAGUUUUGAGCACAAGAAAUAUCCGUUCUACGGCGUGCAAUUUCAUCCUGAGAAGAAUGCUUUCGAGUGGAAGAUCGAAUCUAUUCCUCACUCAGCCGACGCCAUAUUGGUAGAACAAUUUUAUGGGAACUUCCUGGUCAAUGAAGCUCGGAAAAACAAUAAUUCCUUGUCCAGCGUUAAAGAAGAGUUGGAAGCAGUGAUCUAUAACUACCCCGUGACAUACACAGGAGAUAAUACUGUCUUCGAACAGAGUUAUUUCUUCACAGAUGAACAGCAAGUGUUUACCCCAGCUACAACAACAACAACAACAACAACAACGACUACUACUACAACCACAACUACUGCUGGCACAACAGCUAAACCCACUACAACAACUACCACAGACACAACUACAGCUGAAACGGGCACUGAACCCAAUACUGAAACAACAGGUAUCAUGUCUGCCCAGUCACAUGACAGACAGAGCGCCGCGUCUGCGCAUAACUCUUUACCUCACGUCACUCUGUGCAUCACAAUGUUCGUGGCUUGGGUGGUGAAACAGUAGUGUGAACGGAAUUAAACUUUUUAAGACGCCGAUUUCCAAAUUGGGUUCUGUUUACGCCCCAAGGAUCCACUUGUAACAAACAAAAUACUUUCAUACUGGGAAAAUGGAUGCUGUUACUAUCUUGAGAUGCAGCUCUUUACUAUUAUUUACUGACAACUCGGAAAAUAUGCAAGUUGUGAAACAAAAGUAUCUAUGAAUGUAUAAAUUUACA